CAUGUGCUUAUUAAAGAAUUUAGUUGGAUCAAGUUUGGGGAGCAGUUGCAAGUUCCCCCCAGGGUUUUGAGCCGCUUCCCAACAGUGUCCCCCGAACCCACCCCAGCACCCCCUUCCUCACCUUCUGAGCCCUCCCAGUCCGGCCAGGCUGCGACGGAAAUCUGCUCAGCCACUUGGGAUGGAAAGUGGGGUGCCUCUUCUGCCCCAGAGGAAGGAAACACACCUUCUGGCCACGGAGCCUGUGGGUCUGGCACUCGCUGGGCUGUCCCUUGCCCAACAGAAGACAGACAUGGAUAUGAUGCGUUGUGUUGUCAAAGGCUUUCAUGGCUGCAAUGACUGCCUUGCACUGAGUUUUCGGGGCCGUAUGGCCAUGAUCCAGAAGCAUUGUCUCCUGACGUUUCACCCACAUCUAUGGCAGGCAUCCCUAGGCAAGAGAGGUGUAUCUAUCUGUGGGAGGUCAGGCAGGAUGCAGCCAGGCUUUGAAUCUGCAAGGCCAUUCAAUGCUAGUGAAGGUGGCCAAUGGCAACAUUCCCAUUGGCCUCUACCUGCCAAGGGUUCUUUUUCCCACCCUGGACAUUAUUCCACAGGGAUAUAUAUAAACCACACUGGCCUAGUUUCCAACAGACCUCACCACCUCUGAGGAUGCCAGCCAUAGAUGUGGGCGAAACGUCAGGAGAGAAUGCUUCUGGCACAUGGGCAGGCAGCUGGAAAACUCACAGGAACGCAAUGAUGCCAUUUGUUUCUGGGAUAGUUUCUUACCCAUUGCCCAUCAGAGAGUAGUAGCAUCCCUCUCUGAGGUUCCCCCCAACCCUGGCUGAGUCCCUGCCCUCCCUUUGGCUUCUCUGGCACCCCCGAGCAGGGCCAGCCCCCCCUCCCUCCCCCCCUCCCUCUCCCUCCCUCUACGUGGAGUUCCCCACCAGGCCUGUCCCUGCCAGGGACCCCCAGGCCGAGGGAGGCGGGGAGGGGGCUCUUCGGGAGGAACAGCCUCGUGGGGGUCCUUCCCGCAGUGCUGCUCCUUUAAGGCCAAGCCCCGCCUCUCUUUGGGCGCCUGCCUCCGCCCCCAGGGUGACGUCACGGCAAGGCCAGCCCCGCCCCGAUCCCUUGGAAACAGGCAGGCAGAGGGGAGGGGGGCCUCCGCGGGCGGAAGUGAGGGGGCGCUUCCGGUUGGGCCCAGCCGAGGGAGAGGCGCCAACUCUUCGCGUGUUCCUCGGGAGCCUCGCGCGGACUCAGAACCCGGACCCUUCCCCCGGCAGAGAAGGCUGUCCUGCGGAAGGAGGGAGGCUGCAGGGUGGGAGUGGCAGAAGAGGCUCCAGGCUGAAGUGGAAAAGAACCUGCAGGUGCAGAAAGGUGACUUCUGAACAAGUUCUGCAAAGAACACAGCGUGAGAGCUUUGCCCGAGGAGUGCUCUAAGUCUAAAGUGACUUCAAGAUACACAGCAAUGACAACAAGAAAAAAUAAGUAGUAGAAAAAUAUAUUACAAGCUACAACCCUAUGCAGUUAAGAGGAGGAAAGAAGAUUGUGAUGAAAAAAAAAGAGGCUUGGAAAGCGAGCAGAAGGCUACAGCAAUACAAAGACUGUGCUGAUCGGGAGGUUAUAUCUGUGAACCCCUGGCAUAAUAUUUGAAUUAUAAAUAUAAAAGAAUGGCAAGUCCUCUACCUCCCUAUCCUAAAUCACGCACAGGGGAGAAGUUGCAUCAGUGUGUGGAAUGUGGGAAACAAUUUGAUUGGAAAAGUUCUCUUGCUAGACAUGAACGGACCCACACAGGGGAGAAGCCCUAUAAAUGCAUGGAAUGUGGAGGAAGCUUCAGUCGCAGUGGCAGUCUACGUUCCCAUCAAAGGACCCACACAGGGGAGAAGCCACAUAAAUGCAUGGAAUGUGGGAAGAGCUUCAGUCAGAGUUGCAAUCUACGUUCCCAUCAAAGGACCCACACAGGGGAGAAGCCAUAUAAAUGCAUGGAAUGUGGAGAAAGCUUCAGUUGGAGUGGCAGUCUACGUUCCCAUCAAAGGACCCACACAGGGGAGAAGCCACAUAAAUGCAUAGAAUGCGGAAAGAGCUUCAGUCGAAGUGACAGUCUACGUUCUCAUCAAAAGACCCACACAGGGGAGAAGCCACAUAAAUGCGUAGAAUGCGGAAAAAGCUUCAGUCAAAGAGGUAGUCUACGUUACCAUCAAAGGACCCACACAGGGGAGAAGCCAUACAAAUGCAUAGAAUGCGGAAAUAGCUUCAGUUGGAGUGACAGUCUACGUUCUCAUCAAAAGACCCACACAGGGGAGAAGCCACAUAAAUGCAUAGAAUGCGGAGUAAGCUUCAGUCACAGUGGCAGUCUACGUUCCCAUCAAAGGACCCACACAGGGGAGAAGCCAUAUAAAUGCAUGGAAUGUGGAGAAAGCUUCAGUCAGAGUGGACAUCUACGUUUCCAUCAAAGGACCCACACAGGGGAGAAGCCACAUAAAUGCGUGGAAUGCGGAAAGAGCUUCAGUCGCAGUGACAAUCUACAUUACCAUCAAAGGACCCACACAGGGGAGAAGCCAUACAAAUGCAUAGAAUGCGGAAAGAGCUUCAGUUGGAGUGACAGUCUACGUUCUCAUCAAAAGACCCACAUAGGGGAGAAGCCACAUAAAUGCAUAGAAUGCGGAGUAAGCUUCAGUCACAGAGGCAGUCUACGUUACCAUCAAAGGACCCACACAGGGGAGAAGCCAUAUAAAUGCAUAGAAUGCGGAAAGAGCUUCAGUCACAGUUCUUAUUUGCGUACCCAUCAAUGGAAACACACAGGGGAGAAGCCACAUAAAUGUAUGGAAUGUGGAAAGAGCUUUAGAGAAAGUUCAGCAUAUAUUAAUCAUCACAGAACCCAUGCGCCACUAGAGGAGACGGGCCUUUAAGUUUCCAAGCCCUCUUCAAAAGAACAUUGGAAGGAAAGAGGAAAGCCACCACCUUGCUCUCUCUCUCUCUCCCAUGAACUGCAAUUUGACUGCUGCUGACAGGUCUCACUCAGAGGGGGGCUUUUCUCAGCAUUGCAGCAAGCUUUGAAGGCGUUCACCUAACCUCCUCCAUAAAGAAACCCCUCACAGGCUUCUAGGAUGAUCUCUGAAGGUUUGCUGAAAUGAGCAGAAGCUGAGAUCUCUGGAUAAAAAGGGUUCUGAAAAAGAAUAGCUCUUUGGUAGCAGAUUACGUCAUAUCUUGAUACGCUUGUCUCAUGUCUUGGCUCUACUGCCCCUCGGUUAGAAUUUGGGGCUCCAGCCAUGUACCUGUAACCCUUUCCUGGACUUUGUUGUGUCCUGAAUCGUUGACUCUAAAUUCUGGACUGACUGCCUGGUUUCAUUUAUGAACUAGGACUUUGUUUGUAUCCCCGUCUUUUUGGGUUACCUUUGAGACUCUGAAUUCUGUUUGUAUUCUUGAUUUUUGGUUGUUAUUUUAUCAUCUCUGUCGAAUGAACUCUGGGCAUGUGACUAUUGGACUGUUACCUUGGCUAUUGUUUUUUCUUGCUCCUGACCUGGAUCUGCCGUUCUUGACAUGUCUGCAUUAAUUGGACUCUUGACCUUGACUUGUGUUCACUGUUACUCCGACUGUGUUGAUGCAAUUAUAUUAUUUUAGCAGGACUCAAGAUUUUAAAGGUAAAGGAUUUAAAGUUUAAAGGUAAAGACUCAAGUCUUGAAAGGUAUGGUCUUGGCUUACCUUGUGUUCCUCAGACCUUAUACCGGGAGAGCCCUGGUACACGAGACCAUCAGUCUUGCUUUGUGUGUACUAAUCCCUGCUUAGAGUGAACCCAUUUCUGUAUUUGAGACUGUUUAAUCACCACCUUUGGCAAAGGGUCCAUUACGAUAUACUGCAUAUCUCCCUAACUGUAUGGAAUGGAAGACAAAGAAUGAUCACAACAGAUGAUGCAGAUUGAUGAUGAUGAUGGUGAUGAUAAUGAUAAUGAUGAUACUUUAUUUGUAACCCGCCCUAUCUCCCCAAGGGGACUCAGGGCGGUUUCCAGGAAGUAACAAAAUGGCAAACAUUCAAUGCCACAAUGUCAAAAACAAUAGAUAUGACAAUCUCAAUAUAACCCUAUGAACGAAACUAAAAAAAAUAACCAAAUAUUGAAACGGAAACAUAAUCUCACACAUUUACCAUGGUAAAAUCCUACAUGCUUCCCAUAAGGUAGUUUACGGCUUCCCAGGAGCUGAGGUAGGUGUCCAAUAUCUGGGAGAGGAUAUUUAUAAAGAUGUAGUAGUCCUCCUCCUCUCCAUAAGCUAAAGUGCAUAAAUGGGUUUUUAAAAGCUUUUUGAAGGAAAGGAGAGGGGGCCAUUCUUAGUUCUUUAGGGAGGGAGUUCCAGAGACAAGGGGCGAUCACGGAGAAGGCCCCUCUCUUGUCUCCCCACAACCGAGCUUGGGACGGGAGUGGGACCGAGAAGAGGGCCUCCUCUGCAGACCACAGCACCCGUGCUGGUUUAUUUAUGGAGGUGCCGUUUUUCAAAAACUCUGGACCCGAAAUGCUUAGGGCAUUAUAGGUAAUAACCAGCACUUUGUAUUAAGCCCAGGAGCGUAUGGGCAGACAGUGGUUCGUUCCCUUUAUGGUGCUCCAGAAAUUAACCUGGUUGCGGAUCUCUGAAGAAUUGAAGCUUCCGAACUAUCUUCAAAGGCAGCCCCAUGUAGAGAGCGUGGCAGUGGUCCAGGUUGGAUGUAACUGGACUCAUUAAUCAGUUGAGAUGUACAAAUUAACUAAGUUGAUGAAGUAUAAAACAGCAUUUAGAGGAAUAGAGGUAAAAAUCGUAUAGUGAAUGAGAUGUUUAUAGACUAGUGUUCGUUGUCCGUUAGUUUUGAUCUUACUGUACAAGACGUGUGUCCUUGUUCGCUUUAUAUUUGGUUAAGUAGUACUUCUAAAAAUGGACCAAAAUGAUAAUUUGUGUAAAAAAAAUUAAAUACCUAAAUUGUAAUUUGCAUAAGCAUGCUUUGUUUUGUUUCUGUUGUUUUUUGUCUUUGAAUAAAAAUUGUUUAUUCUAUGAAGUGUGAUACAUCAGCUUUAAAAAGCCAACGUGAUUCUAGGCUGUACCAAUGGGAGGGUGAUGUCUAGAUCCGGGUCAGUUUUAGUCGACUCUCUUCUACACUUUGGUCAGACCUGCCCUGGAAUAACCCUGUGUCCAGAUCUGAGCAGCGCAAUUCAAGCAAGAGUUUGAGAUGCUAGAAUGUGUCCAGAGAAGGGCUCCAGGGAAUGGCCGAGGGUGAUGGGUGUGUUUAGUGCGGAGGGGGAAAAAGGCCGAGGGGACAGGAGAGCCAAUAUUUGGAAGGUUGUCCCUUUGAGGAGAAAAGGGCAAGUGUUUCCUGCUUCUCUGGAGACAAAAUACAAAGCAACUGAUUCCCAUUGCAGGAAAGAAGCUUCCACCUAAACAUUAGGAAGCAUUUCUCAAUGGUAAGAGCUGUUCAGCCAUGGAAGCCUUGUCCCUUCUCAGGAGCCUCCCUUCCCAAGCCCUGGCCUUCCACCUCCUGGGGACUCCAUGUCCCAGAAUCCCUGACCUUGGACCAAGAGAGCUUGGGCUCCUGGGUGUUGAAGCCCAAGAAAUCCCAGAGGAAUAGAGUUUGGGAAUCCUUGCUCCAGAGAGUGGAGGGAAUUGCUCUCUUGGACUACAACUCCCAUAAACACUAUAAAAAGACCUGGCAUGGGGGUUGUAGGACCCUGGGAGUUGUAGUCCAAGACAAAUAUGUCUCCCAAGUCCUUGCAAUUAAAGGCUUUCUUUCUCAUGGUGUCGAAUGUGUUUGUGUUCAUCCAUAUAGAGAAGGGUUUAGAAAGAAACAAGGAGAAUGUGCAUUGAGUAUCUGCCACGACUUUAAUGUUUACUUGUCAUUCUGAUGGCAGUGGUUGAUCAGGUAUAUAUUAAUCCAAUGUCCACAAUGUAAUAAAGAAUCCUAUGUUAUUAUCUCCCAUAAUCUCCCAUAAUCCUUCCCCACAGGAAGACCUAAGGAGGCCAGAUAAAGAGAGACCCUGGUUGUUUAUAGAUUUUGGGAAUUUGGGUUGUUUUGGGUCUUAGGCCUCCUGAGGAGAGAGGGCCCAGAUGCCCUUCUCAUUGGAUUCCCACGUCCUCUCUUUUUGAGGUGAUUUCAGUAGAGACCACAUAUAGUGAGUCUAUACCUGGUGAGGCUCCACUAAAUCAGAUCGGCCCGGACAGAGAACAAAGUUAUCUGGGUUUGAAAGCAAAGAAGAUGACUUUCAAUCCACUUGCACAGGUAUAAAGUGCUAAACGGUUCCGGCCCAGCUUACUUGUCCGAACGUGUCUCCCGCUAUGACCCAUCACGGAAUCUAAGAUCUUCCAGGGAGGCCCUGCUCUCGGUUCACAGGUGCGGCUGGCGGGGAUGAGGGACAGGGCCUUUUCAGUGGUGGCCCCCCGCCUAUGGAACACCCUCCCAAACAAAAUUAGACAGGCUCCCGCCCUCCUGUCUUUCUGAAAGAGAACAAAAACGUGGUUAUGGGAGCAGGCAUUUGAGCAUGAGUAGCAGCAGAAUCGCGAUAUGAAUAUAUGACUCCUUGACAGACCCCCACCUGGACAUGAAAAGCACCUUAAAUGUAUAUUUAAAUGUACAAUGAUGCAGGUUUUUAAGGUAUAUUUUAAUUUUUAUUGUAAUUUUUUAAUCUUGGAAGACUUUUAAUCUGAUGUAAACUGUGUUUCUGAUGUAUAUUGUAAGCCGCUCUGAGUCCCCUGAUGGGUGAGAAGGGCGGGGUAGAAAUGAUGUAAUAAUAAAUCAAUCAAUAUCCAGA